AUGAAGGUGCAGCUCCUGGUGCUGAUCUCGAUUGUGAUCUGCGCAACCAUUCUUGCUGGCGUGGGCGUUGUGCAAGGAGAGUUGCUGCGGGAUCCUGGAUUCGAUUCGACUUGGAAGAGGAAGAAUGACUCCGAGGCGCAGCGUGGGUGGCAGCCCUUCGUGAAUGGGUUUCAUCCAUCGACGAAUCCAAAGCUCUCCGGCACUGCUUCGCUCGGCAUCAGCAGCACCUGGCCCGCGGGGGCCUUCCAGUUCGUGCCCAGCGCUCAUCUCCCUCCCGCCGUGCGAGACUACACCUUCGCAGCAUGGACCCUGGUGGACUUCAUGUACGCUGAAAAGGCACCACCAACUGAUGGCCUCGGCAAGGUGACCAUCGACGUGGCGUAUGUGAGCGGAAGGAGCGACAGCUUCUCGGCGGACAUCAGCGGCAAGACCGAGCGCUCUGGCCACAGCCUCUUGGAGGCAGCAGGGCAAGACAACGAGGAAGGAUGGGCGGCACAACGCUACAUGGUGUGGAAGGAGGACUGGCAGCAGCACUGCUUCGCGCUGACCACCGACGCUACGGAAGAGGUUGAGUCGAUCACCGUGUUCCUGCUCUCUACUCACCAGCCCGACAUCUCAGACACGGUCCAGCUCUGGGUCGAACAGGCCGACCUCUUCCCAUCUCGAGAAUAUGCCGCCACAGCGUCGGACGUCACAUUGGUCACGCAUCUCAGUCUCGAUCAGCUCUCUCUGUUAAGUGAUCUGGCUUCCUAUUGGAAAGGUCCUAUUAGCGCGGCCGUCCUCCUUCCCAACCAGCUGAGCCUUGGGGACCUAGUCAGCGCACACAACAACGACCCUGCACUGAAGCAAUGGGCCACACUGCAUGCAACCUACCCCGACAAGGUUCGAUCGAGUGGAUAUCCCAGCGGAUUCCUCCGCAAGGCCGCGACAGACGCCGUAACCUCGACCUAUGUCCUACAAAUGGAUGUCAACUACCGCACUGAAGACAGCUUGCGCAGCGAUGCCGAAAGGUUUGUUGCGUCGUUGGACUGGACAAACGAGGAUGCGGUGUACGUCGUGCCGUCGUUCGCGGUCAGCCGCCCGCUCGCCACCGCUACGAUUCCCAUCGACAAGAAGGUUCUGCUUCAACACCUGCUCUACGGCCGCGUAUCUCAGGUCUUGCUGGUCGUCUUGGUACGCGGCGGCUCAUACCUUGGAUUCUACGCCGAUGAGAACGACAAGGCCUCUACCCUGGUCCCCAGUUCGUUGUACAGUCCAUUCCUCGUGCUGCCCAAAGCCCGCUCGAGGUUCGAUGACACGAUCGAAGGGAGGUGCGGUCUGGAGCUUGAGGCGCUUAAGGUCGAGCUGGACAUGACCGGCCAUGCCUUCAUGUACCUUCCUCGCGGCCACGCACUGCGGCUGGGGGCCGAGCCCUCCGAGCAGGCCUGCGCCUCGACGGACCUUGCCGAAUGGCGGGCGUGGUACGCCUGGCUGGUCUCCACGGCCAUCGCGCACCACACGAGCCCGGACCCCUACCGCCACCUGCCCGUCGGCGAUCCCCUACGCCCGCGGCCGAGGCAUCACCGGCGUCAUCUACCUCAUGCUCACUCGCGAGCCCCUCUUCGGCGCCUUCUUCUUCAUCGGCUUGCUCGUCGGCGUGGCCGUCAUCACCGCCCGCAAGGUGCGCGAGCACCAGCGCGACCUCUCCUAUAA